AUGCAGCUCACCACGAUCGUCUUGAGCCUUUUCGGCUUCUUCAUCGUGGCUCGUGCAGCUGACUCUGACCUUAACCUUCCCUACCCGCUCGUGCCCUUCCAAUACAAUGGUAUCCUUGGUGGACACAAUGUUCAGCUCAACGGCACCAUCCAAGAUAUCUAUGCUCAGAUGAAAGAGCUCCAUCCCGAUUUCGAGCUUGAGCAUGCCAUCCAGAGCCGCGCUGAAGCCUCGAACUUGACAACCCAUGAUAUCGCCAACACGUUUGAUUAUUACUGUUGCCCAGUCCCCGGUCACAAGUGGCAGUGGGCUCUUGGUCCUCAUAUCCUGGACGGGAUCAAGUACCUUAAGGGCAUCGAUAUCUGCGAUGUUGGUGCGUCGUCCUGCGUCCGCAUCGGCUGCUCAUGGAACUCCGCUAUCUAUCUAUGCAAUGAUAAUAGGUUCAAGAUCACUCCCAUGUGCAACUAUAUUGCUAGCUACGCGAAGGAUUUGAUCGACAAAUGUAGCGAAUAUCCUCCUGUUCAUACAUUCCUUACAUGUGGACAGGAGUUUGAUACCGAUGGCUACAACGUUAUCGUCCGCGAGGAUAGGUGCUAG